CUGGCCUGCCGCCCGGAGGUUUGAGCUGACAUGUGAAGUGAGCAUCCACCAGCCUGUGACCACGAUGCAAACACCAGCUGAAAUGAGACAUUUGAUGGGCAGCAGGAGCUCUAGCGAUGACAAAGCAGACGUGGCGUCGGUGUCAUCGACCAGCUUCUCGUAGGAGCAAAGAGGAAGAAAGGAUGAGGAGAAGCAAAGGGGACGCAUGGAUGAAGGAGAGGGUCCGAGAAGCCGAGGGGUGCGGAGAGUAAACAGAAAUGCACUCAAGUGUAAACAAAAUGGAUUAAAAAAAGGCAACGUACUAAAACAAGAGCGAGAAGAAGAAAGAGUCCAGGGCAGCAUUGGGCAGGGAGGGAUGUAAAAAUAGAGAGAUUUUUUUUGUUUUUGUAUGUGGAUCAUAACAAAGCAGAAAGUGCAAGAGGGAGAAGAGGCUGAGGAGCAAAUUAGAGGGAAGAGAAACCCUGCAUGGGGCAGGCAGGCUGGAAGAGGGAGGCGAGAGUCGUACACACAAGAGAGGAGGAAGGUACGGAGACGCUGCCACUUGAUGGAAAGCUGGAUAGCGGAGAGGUGGACGUGUCGUGGGAAGAAGAGGAGAGAGAUCAAUAGAAGCAUGUCAUCACUUGCACCAUGAGGGCUUCAAAGAUUGAGGCGAAGGAGGCUUGUGAUUGGCUUCGAGCAGCAGGAUUUCCACAGUACGCCCAGCUCUAUGCAGAUUCCCAGUUUCCAGUUGACAUUUCCUCUGUGAAAAGGGACCACGACUUUUUGGAUCGGGAUCUGGUAGAGCCUCUAUGUCGACGUCUAAAUACUUUGAACAAGUGUGCCUCCAUGAAACUGGAUGUCAGCCACCCCAAGAAGAAAGUAAGACAACCUCUUCCAACUGGUGAUGACUCUGAUGAAGAUGACCCGUUGGCUCUCAGUAAAAGGUGGACGUUCGAGUGGAGCAGCAGACGCUGGUCGCGCCUGCAAGACUUCCUGUUGGACAGCACCGCCGAAAGCAGCCCGACGGGUCCGGGGGAGGUUCUGCUGCACGGCACGGUGAGCAUCGAGAGCGUGCUGUCGGACCUGAGCGAGCAGGAGAUCACGGAGAUCUCCUCGUUGCACAGCGAGGACUCCGCCUCCGCCAUACCUGACUCGAUAUCGAUGGCGUCUCUCUCGGCCUCCUUCCACCCCCAUCGGGAUCUUCUGCACUACAACUCCCUGCCGAUGAAGAGCGUUCGUCACGGGCAAGGAGGGCGGAGCAAAGCCAAAGAUUUUUUGCGCCGCAUGGAAUUAAUGCGCACCUGGGGGCCGUCGUCGAAGCGGAAAGGCUCAAACCGCCGGGCGCCUCUGGUCAUCGGCGAGCCGGUGUUACAGGGCGAGGAGCCUCACGCGCUCCAGGUGCUCCAGUGUACUCCCAUCAGCCAACUGGAACACAACCACCAACCCGACGGGGACACCUCCCCCGCGUCGCUUACCGACGACCGUAAAGACCGGUCCGCGCGGAGUCCCGUCGGCGAGGCGGUGGCGCCCGGCGCGAAGGAGCCCGCCUGUGCAAAACAACGCAGCGCCAGCAAGAGAAGCAGCGUGUAUCUGGAGGACGCGGAGCUGCUUUCUCAAGGGAAGAGGCCUGAAGGACACGGCCCGUUUGGCAGAAACCAGUUUCACUCGUAUGAAAACCUCCUGGUUCACAUCCCCAAAGACCAUAAGCCGGGCACCUUUCCGAAGGCUCUGUCCAUAGAGAGCCUGGUGCCUUCCCCUGGUGAUGGAACAUUUGGCCUCCAGACACAGGGCCAAAGAUCUCCCCCCAAUAAUGGCCCGGGUGAGCCCUGGUCGAGCAAACCUCUGUCGAAGCCCCGCUGUCCCGGAGCUCCACGUGGCAGCAGGGUGAGUGUUUACGACAAUGUCCCGGGCUCCCACCUUUACGCCAGCACAGGAGACCUGAUGGACUUGGAGAAAGAGGACAAUCUGUUCCCUCACCUCGACGACAUCAUCCAGCACGUCAGCGGCUUGCAGCAAAUAGUGGACCACUGGAGCCGCAGCGUGCUGCCGGAGGAUGAGACGGGGGAGGGCAGGACCACCCCCAGUGAAGGCGAGAGAGCUGGGGUCUUCUUGAUUGACACCGAUUCGACAGGAACCAAUCGGGAGAGGCGGGACUCUGGAGUCGGGGCCUCGCUGACAAGACCACGUCUCCGAUGGCCCAGCUUCAGAAUCUCUGAUCAUCUGAAGCAGCCGGCAUCUUCGCUGCAGAUCAGCAGCCAAUCAGCGGGCCAGCUCAGCCUGCUGCAGAAGUUCUCUUUGCUCCGCCUCACCGCCAUCAUGGAGAAAUACUCAAUGUCUAAUAAACACGGCUGGACAUGGUCUGUGCCCAAGUUUAUGAAGCGCAUGAAGGUGCCAGACUACAAAGAGAAGAGUGUGUUUGGUGUUCCCCUCAUCAUCCAUGUCCAGCGCUGUGGUUUUCCGCUCCCACUGUGUUUACAACAGGCCCACAGCCACCUCAGAACACACUGUCUGGACCAGGUGGGAUUGUUCCGCAAAUCUGGCGUGAAGUCCCGUAUUCAGGCUCUGAGGCAGCAGUGUGAGUUGUCCCCCGACUCCGUGAGCUACGAGGACCAGUCGGCUUACGACGUGGCCGACAUGGUGAAACAGUUCUUCCGAGACUUGCCGGAGCCGCUGCUAACAAGCAAGCUGGGGGAAACCUUCCUGCAUAUUUACCAGUAUGUCCCAAAGGAGCAGAGGCUGCAGGCCGUCAGAGCGGCCAUCUUGCUGAUGCCGGAUGAGAACAGGGAGGUCCUGCAGGCAUUGCUCUACUUCCUGCGUGACGUGACUCUGCUGGUGGAGGAGAACCAGAUGACGCCGAUGAAUCUGGCCGUUUGUCUGGGGCCUUCACUCUUCCACCUCAGCAUCCUGAAGAACGAGUCGCUCUCACCAAGGUCAAUCCAGAAGAAGUACACGACGGGACGUCCCGAUCAGAAAGACCUGAAUGAGAACCUGGCGGCCACCCAGGGUCUGUGUCACAUGAUCACCGAGUGCCAGUGUCUCUUUCAGAUCACAGAGGAGAUGGUGACCCAGUCACGCAACUCCUACAUGGAGGCUGAGCUGAUGGUGCCCCCGCUGGACGAGCUGUGCAAGGCUCACGAAGAGGAAGUGGAUGAGGACGAGGAAGAGGAGGAUGAGGAGGGAUCCUAUCACGCGCACCUAGAAAGGCUGGUCCAGAACCUGCUGGAAGAGGCCAAAGAUAAGAGCAGAGGCUGGGUGUCUCGCUCGACAACCGACCACACAGAACUGGCAUUCAAAAAGGUGGGAGAUGGAAACCCUCUGAGGCGAUGGCGAGUGUGUGUGGAGGUGUCGGCGACUCCAGACGAGGUGCUGCAGCGGCUGCUGAGAGAGCGCCCCCUGUGGCAGACGGAUCUACAGCAGGAGAAGGUUCUGGAGACGCUGGAUAAACAGACCGACGUGUACCAGUACUCCUACUACAACAUGGAACCGCACCCCAGCUGUGACUAUGUGGUACUCAGAUCGUGGCGUACAGACCUAAGUAAAGGCUCCUGUGCGCUGGUGUGCGUGUCCAUAGAACACGACGACAGCCCCAGCACGGGAGCAGUGAGGGGGGUGGUGCUGGAGUCACAGUACCUCCUGGAGCCCUGUGGGACCGGGAGGACCAGACUCACACACAUCUCCAGAGUGGACCUCAGGGGAAGAUCUCCAGAGUGGUACAACAAAGCAUUCGGUUACCUGUGUGUUAAUGAAGCUCAGAGGAUCCGAUCCUCUUUUCAGUCGUCGGAUCAGACGAGCCCCGAGGCCAAGAGCUGAACCCCAGACAUCAAGCUUCAUCUGGGGCCCCACAGCCACAGCAGCGGGGCCUGAGAGGCCCAGAGGGGAAUCAUCCAGGCGGCGGACUUUAGUACCUUCCUCCACUGCUGAGCCACAAGCAGCCGUACUGUAGCGUACUGAACUGAGUUACCGUCAUUCACAGAAAAAAGGGAGUUUUUUGCCAUGUAUUCCAUCAAUUCUGCAUAACAACAUAUCGCCACUUAUUUAUACCAUAAAUAUUGAAUUGUCUACCAUUCAUUGUUUCCCCCACCGAGGAGACGUCGGUUUCCAAUUCCAAAUGUGAAACGGCUAAUUCGAUUUUAUUUGAAUAGAUAUUGAUGCUUCAUAUAAUAAUCUCAUAACCAUGUCGAUUUUUUUGGAGGAGUUGUGGAGACAGAGCGUAUUUUUCAGUAUUUGCUCUGGAUUAUUCUUCUAAAUCCUCUAUCUUGCAAACAAGGAAACAUCCAGCACCAGACGGUGUGAUCCUGAGAUGAUUUCCAUCUCUUAACACCUUCAUUUGAUAAAGCUGGUACUGAUGAUAUAGCAUGUAAAAAUAACAUAAUAAUAAUAAUAAUAAAGGACACAAGUAAAGUAGAAUACCCAUAUUUGUAUUGGUAAAUUACUUUUAGAAAUCUAUUUUAUCGCCAUCUCUUAAAAUCUCUUUAAAAUUUCACAUGGCCUGCCAGUGGAAUACAAACGACUAAUUUGAUUAAAACUGUUCUUAACUAUUUUUCUUCAAUUGUUUUAUUGACAAUACCUGAAAAACCAGGACACAUACACUGCAGAUCUGCUUUUUUCCACCAUCAAACAACAAUGACAUGAAAUAAACAACAGCAAAUGACAUCACCCAACCAAAGCAUUGCCAUUCAUUGUGAGGACAUUCAGUCCUCAAAUGACUCUUAAUCCUGCUUUUAAUAAUCUUGCAUGUUCAUAAAAUAAUCUAAUUUGAUCUCUUUCUCUAUAUUUUAUUAACUUGUCCAUUUAUAAACUAAUGCUCCUAGAAAGCUGUGACAAAAUUAUUUUGGGUAUACACAUUUAUAAAAGGCACUUGAUUAUGAUGGAGCCUUCCCCAGAUGAAGAUGCAUAAAUCCCACCAAAAAUAUCCCUGUUAUUUGGAAUGACCAGGACCAGUACAGUGUGGCUCUGUGUCAGUGUUGCAUUGUGAGACGUGCACUAUAUAUGCAUAUAUAUAUAUAGCUCAAGCACACGAGGGAUCUGGAUCCCACAAAGGGCAAAAACAUUCAUCAGGUCCAUACAUGUGCUGAUAUGGAAACAUUGUGUUGGAUAUCACUGUUGAUUUACUUGUCACUAUUCUCAGUGUUAAUCUUAUCUAAAUCUUAUUUUAAAGUUAUCAUUGUCAUUAUAUAUACAUGUAUACUGUAUCACCUUUUGUUGUUGUUGCUGUCAUGUUAUAUACAAUGUCUAAGACAUGUGACCAUUUCACUGCUUCCGGGAAGCAUGUUUGAAAUUGUGUGUGUGUGUGUGUGUGUGUGUGUGUGUGUGUGUGUGUGUGUGUGUGUGUGUGUGUGUGUGUGUGUGUGUGUGUGUGUGUGUGUGUGUGGAUGCGCCCGUGUAUCUGCACUUUAGAUACACGAACCGCCUUUAUUGUAAAUAUAGAUAUGCCGCUUUUUCUGUGCCAGCAGAUCAACCAUCGUAGCUUUUCCGGGUCUUCCUAUCAUAUUGAUAUGUUGAAAUGUGAACUUUCCAGAAUUCUCCAUCCUACUAAAGCAUUCGCGGAAUAAAACUUGCUCUGCCGUGGCACU